GGAGUGUAAUCACAACAUAAAGUCAUUUUUUUUGGAUGUCAGAGGUAAAGGGUUGGUCAAACAGAUAACGGACUAUCAAGAGGACAAAUUCCACUUUGACAACUGUAAAGUAACGUUUAUUUUGUCACCAAAUUUAGAUUUUUUUGAGUGUUAAACCCUAAUUUUUAAGGAAGUAAAUCAGCCAGUGAUGGAGGCGGUCAGUCAGAAGUAAGGUACACGCAGAGGUGGGCUUGUCCAGGUGGUGCGGAUGGAGUAUAAAUAAAGAGGAGGACUUCUAUUCUGCCUCAAACCAUCCAGCUCCCUCUUCAUCGCAGUCACCUCCACCUCCUCCUCAUCCAUCUCCAUCUCCAUCUCCUGCGACAGCCCAACUCUCCUCCAUCAUGGCAGCUCUGUGGCUUCAGUCCGUGUCUCUGCUGGUUUUACUGAUCGUGUCAUGGCCAAACACUGAGGCCGCCGCCCCCCCUCAACACCUGUGCGGCUCUCACCUGGUGGACGCCCUUUACCUGGUCUGUGGGGACCGAGGCUUCUUCUACACCCCUAAGAGAGACGUUGAUUCUCUAAUGGGUUUCCUUCCUCCCAAAGCGGGCGCAGCAACCACAGUGGGCAGCGAGAACGAGGUGGCAGAGUUUGCCUUCAAGGACCAGAUGGAGAUGAUGGUGAAGCGCGGCAUCGUGGAGCAGUGCUGCCACACACCCUGCAACCUGUUUGACCUGCAAAACUACUGCAACUAAAAGCUCAUGGCUACGCUUAGCCUAGGAUAGCUUAGCUUCUAGGCUAGCUUAGCUUCUAGGCUAGCAUAGCCUAACCCACCUCCCGCCCUCACUUCAGUAGAGGCAGUGCUGUCCUCUCUCUGGAAUCCAUCUGUUGUCAAAUGAAGAAAUGGAUGAAAUUAUUUUUUCCUAAAAAAUAAAGUUUUGUGAAUUGAAAGAAAA